GAGCUCUCUCUCCGCACUCUGAAGUUCUCCUCUCUGAGGAUCAGACCGGAUCGCAUCCCUCUCGUUUCCACAAAUUCCACCUCCAUUCAUCCGAUCCACCUCCGCUUCGCUAAAGCAGUGAUGGAAAGCAGAGAGGAGAGAGGAGAGGAGAACGGCUCCGGGCUGCCGGAAGCCAUCGGGAACCCUGUGCGCGAGCCGCCAGGGAAGCCGGGACGCAAGAGCUGCCUGAGCCCCGGCGCUGCGCCCUACUCCCGUGAGCUGCUGGCGGAGGAGAGGAUCAGCUCCGGUGAGAGGUUCGGAACCGAUCCCAAGGACGGAAGCAGUUCCGACACCGAGUCCGACUUCUACGAGGAAAUCGAUGUGAGCUGCACGCCUGAGAGCAUGGACUACCCAACAUCUAAAGGCCGAGGCGAGGACUCUCCGCGUCACGGUGAGACUGGUUCUGACCCGGGUAAAACGGUCCCUGGCCAGGGUCCGCUGUCCUACGGAGCAGACCAGAUCCGCCGGUACCGAACAGCCUUCACCCGGGAGCAGAUCGCCCGGUUGGAGAAGGAGUUCUACCGGGAGAACUACGUGUCCAGGCCGCGCAGAUGCGAGCUAGCGGCUGCCUUAAACCUCCCCGAAACCACCAUCAAGGUGUGGUUCCAGAACCGCAGGAUGAAAGACAAACGUCAGCGCCUGGCCAUGACGUGGCCUCACCCCGCCGACCCGGCCUUCUACACCUACAUGAUGAGCCACGCAGCGGCCACGGGGAACCUCCCGUACCCUUUCCCAUCCCACCUGCCGCUACCCUACUACUCCCCCCUGAGUGUCGGUGCGGCCUCCGCUCCCGCCGCCCCCUUCUCCAACCCCCUGCGCUCUCUCGACAGCUUCCGGGUCCUGUCCCAUCCCUACCAGAGACCGGAACUCCUGUGCGCCUUCAGACAUCCUUCUGUGUACCCGGGUCCGACCCACGGCCUCGGGCCCGGUGGGAGUCCCUGUUCCUGCUUGGCCUGCCACUCCUCGCAGUCCAACGGAAUCGGUACCAGACCUUCUGGGUCGGACUUCUCCUGCUCUCCAACAAGCAGGUCGGACGCUUUUGUCACAUUUACGCCUUCAGUUCUCAGCAAAUCCUCACCAGUGACUCUAGACCAGAGAGAAGAAGUGCCUCUGACCAGAUAAAACACCGCUCGUCUCCAUCUGACGUCAGAUGCGAUAUUAAACAGUAGAACCGAGAAAGACGCACAGCAGAUGCGCCAACAUGGCCGCUUGGACCACAACUGACUUUCAUUUGAUAUUUUUCAGAGUUGCAGAAAAAUCUUCAUGACGGAUGAAAUCAAGGGUUCUAAUAUGACUGGCGUCUCAUUCAAACUGACCUAUUAGUCACCGCAAAAACGACGCUUUCCAUCUGUUUUUAACAAACUGGUAAUCUCAUUAACUCCGCUCUCAGAGGCACGAGGCGAAAUGUGCGCAUGCAAGUAAAAUUAAUAAGUGAUGUAAAUGUGAGGGGGCGCUUGAGCGCUGAAUUAAUGAUAAAACCAGGGAGGGAUCGUUGCUGCCAAAAGGUAACAAGGCGCCGAGGGA